CUAACUCCUAUACCUACUCCACGCGACACUCCUUGAUGGCGGAUGGCCUCUUGAUCCAUGUGGGCAGCCCGGUGGGCGGGCAACAGGGCACUGGUGCGUUUGCUGCCCUUGCUGGGUUUGGUGCAGUGCUGGGAGAUCAAAAUUCCCGACUUCGUGGACUGCACCGGCCCGACACAGAGUGACUGGCAGCCCUUGCGGUGGCUGUUUUCUCAACUGGGUCGCCCUGAUCGGUUCCCAACCUUCCAGGAGGAUCUUCUUGAUGAAGCCCAUCGACUGUAUCAGAAGUGGUACGUGAGCCUGCCCGUGGGGACGGAGGACUAUCCCGGCGGGGCGGCCGCCUUCUAUCACUCCUGCCACUUUGGGGAGCCCACAGAGUACUGCCUCUAUGGCCACUUAGCGGCGCUGACUUAUUUGGCGAAACACUUGGCCGACGUGCAAUACCGGGUGACCUUGGCACGCCAGGCGAUGCGGCUACUGCACUGGAACCUUUGCCUGGACUUCUUAGAGUCCUCUACAUGGGCUGCCUGGGGUUUCACUAUACUCAGCCUUUGGGACAUUGUCGAGAACUUCGCUUAUCCACAGGUCUCCAUUCUGCACCAGUUCCUGGAGUGGGGUCAGGUGCAGCCUCCCGACCUCGGUCACCUGGGUCGCCUUGCACCACCGCUGAUGGUCCCGCCAGUCCGCGACUCUGACUCGCGAGACGAGCGGCCGGGCUUCUGGGUCUUUGAGUUGGGCUCCCACCGGGCCCUCUCCAACGAGCCCAUUGCGAUGCUGAGCGAAGCCUUACCAGGACACGAUGUUGCACACCAGAACUUCGUGAAACCCUACGAAGGGAGGGCAGAAGCCUUCAUCCAUCCCUUCCCGCAGAGCUGCAGCCCCAACUGCCCUCACCAGCAAGAGAGUGUGCCCUAUAGCUUCCCCAUCUUCAUGGACAUGGAACAAUCCAAACAGGACUUUCAUGCAUGGAUGCUGGGCAACUAUUUGAACAAGCCCGAGAUCAGCCGCUCGAGCAUUUUCCUGUGCACGAACCCCAUCUACUAUUGCAACUUCUUCGUGGGACUGAACAAGACCAUCUUGGGGUAUUUUGGCUUGCCCUUACUCUACAUGGUGCCGCACAAGGAUUGGUCCAGGUGGCUCGAUGAUUUCAUAGAGCUUGCUGCCUUGCCCAGCAGCCUUUUCGUGUCCAAUAACCCGCUUCAUUCAGCGCAGGUGGACUGGCAGAGCGGCGUGCGGCUGCCAGUGUUGCGUCCAGUGGCAUUAUACAUCACCGAGCGGUUUCGCCCGGAACGGCUGCAGGAGGUCUUGGUACCUGAGCCAAGGGAGGCAUGUGUGCUCUACUGCAUGCUGCGGGCGUUCACCCCUGAGGGAUAUCCCUUCCACUUCCUGGGGAAGGCUGACACCGACCGAAGCUACCAGACCUUCUCCACCUUCCGCUCGGUGGUCUUGUAUCCGCACGACUUUGCACUCAUGACCUUUUACGAGUUCUAUGCCAUGGGAAUGCCUCUCUUCAUGCCUUCGCACAUGUCGAAAUAUUUGUUUCCUUUUAGCGCUUCAGUGGCCAUGUUGGAUUGGGUACCUGAUGACUUGCGAAGUGCGCCGGAGCGUCCGCCCUUCUCGCCCUUGAGCCUCACCAGCUCGGCAGCUCUGCACUUCUGGCGGCCGCAGAUCGACUUCUUCGCGCUGCCAGCGGUGCAGCUCUUCGGCAGCUUGGCGGAGCUGCUGGUCUUGCUGCCGGAGGCCGAUCUCAUGGCCAUUAGCCGAAAGAUGCAGGAGAAUCGGAAGGCCAGGCUUGAAAGUGGAGCGGCUUUCUGGCACUCCGUGGCCAAAGCAGCCGCGAGAGAUCGUCAGCCAAUGUGAGAAAAAGAAGUGUCAAGACUGAGUGGUGCAAGCC